AUGGAGGAAGCUGGUGUGCAAAAGCGCAAGCGCGGAAGGCCGCGGAAGAAUGAGGCGACGGCGCCUGCCCGUCGGGGGCGUGGUAGACCUCCCAAGAAGCAGAGGUCGGAGGCCAUCACGGUGGAGGACAGUGGUUCCGAAUGGGGAGAUGGUGAUGAGGAAUCGCCUCCAAGGGAAUCACCGGUGCAUACGGGUCUUGUUAUUCUACCAAACAGGGCUCAAAAUGUGCUGGAUGUCCGAGAGGGAGGGGAGGAACCAGGUUCAGGAGGGAUGGAGGCCGGUCCGACAGGUGAAAGUUCGCUUCGAGCAGAGGUGAAUGUGCCUAGGAGCCGUGGAAGGCCAAGAAAGACGUCUCAUAACGCACCGCCUGUUCAACGUCAAGAGCAGGAAGAGGAUACCGAAGAGACUGAGGGUGCUCCGUCAGGGGUGCCAAGAGCAGAUCAUGGAGGGUCUCCCAUCUUCGAAACGACUGCUCGUCGUAGACGUGGCCGACCAAGGAAGGUUGUUGAAGAUGAAGCUGGAGGAAGACAUCGGCCCAGAACCAGGAACUCCACAAGAGUUCAACGGCAGGAUAUGGAGGCCGAGGUUGUUGAAGCCGACGACUACGAGCCCAGCGAUUCAGAUGGGUUUAGACGUCAACAGCAGGCUGGGGAAUCGUGGGAGCCAGAAGGGAGAAAUGAGGCGGCUAUCCUUGUGGAGUUGAGGGAGGGGUACUCGCAGCGUGUGGAAUAUGCGCGGAAGCGAAACAGAGCCAGACCUCCGGUCACCAGGAAACGCAUUGAUGCACCAGGCUCUGGUUUCUACAAGUCCGGAGCUCAAGAUUCUGGAUUCUGGUCUGAGGAUGAUGAGGAACAGCUGCGCAAGACGUGGUUGGAGCGGCCGGAAUUGACAGCGCUGGGACUUCUAUCCAACUAUGGCUCCCAUCAAACGAACGUAUUCAAAGCGAGCUUUGAACUGUUCAAGAUCGACCCUUUGAGCCUAUUAUCGCUAUUUCGGCAAUGUCAAUAUGACAACGGUGAGAUGGGUUCGAUCAUGCAUCGAGGUUCACGUGUGGCCAAUCCAAUAUGGUCGCAUAGCUUCUGUGACAAGCUCCUCCUGAUCAUGGUACAUCCGAUCUUUAGGCUCCGGGGCGCCUUUCGUCUUAUUCCCCUCACAGUUUGCUGGGCUUCAAUGCUCCGGCGGCACAGCCGCGCCAGCUUUGAUCUCGAGGAGGUCAAGUAUCUGGAUCACGCAGGCUGUCCCAAUCUGGGGCGUUUGGACGACGGUGUACCAAGAACGAGGCUGGUGGAGAGGUUCAAAUCUGGUCAGGCCAGGCGACGUGAGGCCGGACUGUUCCAGAGCAACUUUGCGGAGCUUUUCCUGGCAGUUCACAACGUGGUGGGCAAUAUGGACCAGGAUGAGAGAUUCGACAGGCUGGAAGUCAGAACCUCGGAUCUCACCGACGUCAUCAAGGCCUUGGACAGUCUAAGCCCAAUGGCAAUGGCCCCGACCUGUGAGGCCCAGCUUCAGACGUGGCGUGCGGGCCGCGUUGGGCGAGGCUAUCCAGCAGGGCUCGAUGAACUCGAGGAGGCAUAUGAGGUGGCCUGGAAGGAUAUGUUCCGAAAGGCCAGGGGGCAUGUCAACAUCUCAGAUGGUAUCCCAUCUACUGAGACCCAGGAUUCACCUUUCCAAGACCCAGUCCAGGACGCCGCAGCGACGGAAGACGCUGAGCCCCCCAUCAACAGUCAGGAUUAA